GCACCCAGCUCAGCUGGUGCCGUCUAUUCACUGGAGUCCACUCAUUUUCUCAACACUGAUUACUGAUUCUGGGAUGGGGUAUUUCCUGGAACUGAACUCUGGUUUCAGACAUUUUUAUUUCUUGUUCUGUUUUUUUUUCCUCUGGAGUCUGGAUAUUUCCUAGAGUCUAUAUUUUUAUUUCCUAUAUUUCCUGCAGUAGUUUUCUGGUCCAGUAUAUUUCCUGCAGUAGUUUUCUGGUUCAGCUGCCAGAUGAGGGCGUCUCUGUCUCAGUGCAGGUCAGGACUCGUCCCUCUGAGGGAUCCGAGUCAUUAGUUCGCCUCCCAGGCGGACGGAGAGAUGAGGCUGUGAAGCCCCGAACUUCCUGCCCCCCCUUCCUCUCUCUCUCUGCCACGGCUCUCCUUUCUCUGCCUCAGUGUGCUGAAACCAGAUGUGUGGAGGUCGCAGCGAGCCGUGGAGCUGCUGAAGAUCUGUGCUUCAUUCUGAAGAGACGGAGCUGAACAAUAGCAGCAGCUUCAGGCUGCAGAUAGACUCGCUGACGGUGGCGGCCAUGAAGCUCUGAAGUUCCUCAGCUAAACCGGUAAACAAGACGUUCAGGGACCCAUCAUGGCCUUCGUCGGAGCGGUUCUGGUUCUGUUGCUCCUCCUGGUUUCGGCUAGCAGCUCCCGCUUCAUGGUGAAAGUGAAUCCUGGUGUGCAGGUCCUCCGAGGUCGCUCGGUGUCCAUCACUGAGUCGGACUUGGAGAUCCAAGUGGAUCUGAGCUCCGACUGCAAGGUCGAGGUGGUACUGAACGAGCCAGUGACCCAAAGGGUGGGGAAGUUGACUCCACAGAUGUUUGACUGCAGUUUCCUGAAGGAUGAGGUCAGAUACAUUCACAAUGGCAGUCCUUUGCUGGAGGAGGACUCAGUGCUGCUCCGAGUAUAUCAGUUCACAGCUUCAUACAUGCAGGUGGAGACAGUGGUGCUCAGGGUCAAGGUGGUGGAUGGAGGGUCCAGUGUGGCGGAGUUGGGCGGCAGUCCUCUGGUGGUUCCUCGGUUCUUUGGAUUGUCCAACACCCUCAACAGCACCGUGCUGAACAUCAGGAACCAAGAGGACCUGGUCUGCACCGUCAGGCUGAUGACCGCAGAAACCAAGUUCCCAACAAUCGGCCGGCUGGUCAACCAGGACAACUCAGGUCUCCGGAGAGGCCGGCAGGUGGAGGAAGUCUGUCCUGGAAACAAACCGUGUCUCCACCACACCACUGAGGUCCAGUUCCUUAAAACCAGCUGCCAGAACUUCCUGAGCUCCGGACUGAGGUACCAACACCUCAGUCCUCCGUCCCCUGACACAGACUACAUCCCAAUCCGGGUGGAGCUGAGGGAGCAGGCAACUCGGAAGCUGCUGGAGUCACAGGCGCUGUGGCUGCCGGUUCUGAUCCAAGGCGCAGUGCAGAACCAGCCCCCCAAGCCUGGCUUCAUGGCCUCUUCCAUCCUGGAGGUGGACCAGUUCAUCCUCACCCCGCUCAGCACUGCCACGCUGGACGCCACUGACCCCGAGACGCCGCAGGACCGGCUGGUGUUUAACGUCACAGCGCCUCCUACAGAGGGGUACAUCACACACCUGGAGGACCACACCAGGCCGGUCGGGUCCUUCACCUGGUUGGACCUGCAUGACAUGAAGGUGGCCUACCAGCCCCCCAACAGCAGCCAGAGCCUCCGCCGGAGCCUGCAGGUGGAGUUCCAGGCUAUAGACGGGUUCUUUACGAGCAGCCCGUCCAUCCUGGUCCACCUGUCCAUCAGGAUGUCAGAAACAAACGCACCUAGAGUCUCCUGGAACAUGGGUCUGGACCUGCUGGAGGGUCAGUCCCGACCAAUCACCUGGGAGGAGCUGCAGGUCGUGGACAAGGACAACAUCAACGCCGUUCACCUGGUGGCUGUGGAUGGACCAGCGCACGGGCGCCUCAGCGUCAGAGGUGUGAAGGCCUUCAUGUUCCAGGUGCAGGACCUGAAGGAGGGCGUGGUUGUCUACCAUCACUCCGACAGUGACUCCACCCGUGACCACAUCAUCUUCCGCAUCAGCGACGGCCAUCACAGCAUCCGCCACAAGUUCCCCAUAAACAUCCUGCCAAAGGACGACUCCCCGCCCUUCCUCAUCAACAAUGUGGCGGUGGAGGUGCCGGAGGGCGGCGCCGUGCGGCUGCAAGAGUUUCUGCUGCUGGCCACCGACAUGGACUCCAGCGACGACCUCAUCCUGUACCAGAUGGUGAGCGCCCCUCGCGCAGGCCGGCUGGUCAGGAAGAGCUCCACCCUCCAGACAGGUGUCCCUGUGGACAGCUUCCUGCAAAGAGACCUGAUUCAGGGGCAGAUCUCCUACCAGCACUCGGGAGACGAGACCUUUGAGGACUCCUUUGACAUCUUGCUCUCCGACAGCCACCAGCCGCCCAAUCUGUCGCAGACAUACGUGAGUCUGACAGCCUCUGGGGUGUCCUCUCAGGUUUCCUGUCCUCUCAGGUUUCCUGUCAGGUUUCCUGUCCUCUCAGGUUUCCUGUCAGGUUUCCUGACCUCUCAGGUUUCCUGUCAGGUUUCCUGUCCUCUCAGGUUUCCUGUCAGGUUUCCUGACCUCUCAGGUUUCCUGUCAGGUUUCCUGUCCUCUCAGAGCCAUUUUCUUCCUAGAGCAGACCGAGUUGGAUCAGAACCAGAUCUUUGGGUUCUAGUGACUCCCCUCCAUCUUCUGCCCCUGCAGCACGCCGUCAACUACAGGAAGGUGGCCUUCAUGCCCCCAGUGGAGGACAUCGGCCCUGACCCGCUCUUUGUGCAGUUUGUGUUUUCCGUCAGUGACCCGCACGGCGGUACCGUCUCUGGCCUAGUCUUCAAUAUCACCGUGACCCCUGUGGACAACCUUCCACCUGAGGCCUUCACCAACCUGCUGCGAGUGGAGGAGGGCGGCGCAGCCUUUGUCACGGAGGAGCACCUCCUGGUCCAGGACCGGGACAGUCCUGAGGAGGAGUUGAGGGUGGAGGUGCAGAAGACGGCACGGCACGGCCGGUUGGAGCUGCAGGGCGGGGUUCUGCUGCAGGGAGGCUCGUUCAGACUCCCUGACCUGAGAGGACUGCAGCUCAGGUACAUCCAUGACGACUCAGAGACCAGACAAGACGAGGUGGGUCUGAAGGUGACGGACGGUCAGAACUCCAUGGACGUUGUGCUGCAAGUUCAGGUGCGACCGAUGAACGACGAGCCCCCCCAGCUGGGUGGGGGCCUGCAGACAUCCCUGAGCUGCGAGGAGGGGGGGCGGGUCCAGAUGACGGUGGACUUCCUGUCGGCCACGGACCGGGACAGCGACGACUCCAGGCUGGCCUACAUGCUGGCCCGGAGUCCUGGGCGUGGGGAGCUGCAGAGAGCCGGCGUAAAGACGGACAAGUUCUCCCAGCAGGACCUGCUGCAGGGACGCGUCUACUACGUCCACUCAGGUGCAGAGAUCGGACCCGGGCCGGUGUUCGACACAGUCACCCUCAUCAUCUCUGACGGAGAGGCCGGAGUGAUGGAUGACUGUUGCCAUGGAGACGCUCCACCCCCACCUGUCCCUCUGCACGGCACGCUUCCUGUUUUUGACCUGAACAUCACGGUUCUUCCUGUGAACAACAAGGUUCCUGAAGUCACUCUGGGUAAGUCCUUGCUGCUGGUGGAUGAAGGCUCCAGGGCCUGUCUGUGUGGGGGGGUUCUUGGGGCCUCAGACCCAGACAGCCCCCCCCAGGAGCUGACCUUUCACCUGGAGGCUCCGCCCCUUCACGGCUUCCUGGAGAACGUGCUGCCGAUGCCGGGCUCAGAGAAGAGCGGCGCAGGAAUACCCAUUGAAUCCUUCAGCCUGACCCACCUGACUUUGGGCUUCAUCAGGUACGUCCAAUCAGAGCACAGAGGGGUGGAGCCAACGGCGGACCAGAUGUCCAUCAGAGUGAGUGACGGCACAUUUAGCUCCGCCCCCGUCCCUUUCCACAUCAUCAUCCACCCGACCAAUGACGAGCCGCCUUCCCUGCUGCUCACCAACUUUACCGUGAAGGAGGGUGGGGUUAAGGAGCUGACUCCGCCCACUCUGGACGCCUGCGACCUGGACGUUCCAGCCGACCUCCUCACCUUCCAGGUGGAGCGCCCCCCGAGUCACGGCCGGCUGCUCCGCACUACGCAGGGUGGGGCGGGCGCCCAGGUCACGACCUUCACCCUUCAGGAGCUGCAUCAAGGCAUGACGGUGCUGUACGUUCACGACGACUCGGACACCCUGGAGGACGGCGUCCUGCUGCAGCUGAGCGACGGCGUCCACUCGGUGGGGGGGGGCGCCCGGGUCACGGUGCUGCCGGUCAACGACAACACACCACACCUGGUCAGGAACGCCGGACUGGACCUGGACUCUGGGGAGCGCAGAGUGAUCUCCGGUGCGGUUCUGGAAGCCGCUGAUCUGGACACACCUGCUCACCAGGUGUUCUACUUCAUCAACACGGCACCAAGAUUUGGAAAACUUCUGCUGAAGACAGAGUCCAGCUGGACGGACCUUGAAGCGGGUCAGAACUUCACUCAGGAACAGGUGGAGAUGAACCGGGUGUGGUACCAUCACAGAACCAGCAGCGUCGGGUUCAGAGGUCAUGACAGCUUCCGCUUCAUCUUGAGCGACGAGGACAACGAGUCUCCAGCUCAGAGCUUCCUGAUCUCCAUUCGCACGGUGGACCCAGGUGAGAUCGUCCUGCAGACCCGGCCCGUCCGUCUGCGGGAGGGGCAGCGGCUCGUCCUGACCACCGACGUCCUGCUGGCGCUGGACUCGGCGGGCCGACCCGAGGACUUGGUGUUCGCCGUGUCCGGCCCGCCCCGACACGGCCUGGUCCACGCCGUGCGCCGGCCCGGCCGCCCGCUGACCCGCUUCACCCAGCUGGACGUGGCGGCGCACCGAGUGUGCUACACUCACAGCAACGACCACGACUCGGACGUCGACUCGUUCAGCUUUGUCGUCACCAACGGCGCCUCGUCCCGCGCCGGCACGCUCCUCUUCACCAUUGAACGCAGCGACCGCAUCCCUCCAACCCUCAGCAUCAACGCCGGCCUUCGUCUGCAGGACGGCUCCGUCGCCACCGUGACCCCUGACCUUCUGUGGCUCUCCGACCCGGACACCGCUGCCUCCAACCUGACCUUUGUCGUCACGCUGCUGCCCAGGUACGGAAAGCUUCUGCUGAGGGGAGCGCCGCUCCCUUCCCCACCCAGGUUCCUCCAGACUGACAUCAACCAGCUGGACCUGGCUUACCGGCACGUGCCGGGCAGCCCGGCGCGACCGGACCGGUUCUACUUCCUGCCAAGCGACGGAACCAACAAAGGCUACCUGGAGUUUGGCCAGCUGAAGGAGGACCCUGCAGUGUUCAGCAUCCAGGUGGAACAGGUGGACCGGGCCGCUCCCAUUCUGGACUGCCUGGAGAGCCCCAGUACCGUGACGGACCUCGGGGCCGGCCGCUAUGGCAUCUUCAUCACCAGCAGACACCUGCGGGGCUCAGACCCAGACAGCCCAGCAGAACUCCUGGAGUUCUCCGUCAUCAUGCCGCCUCAGUUCGGAUCCUUGGAGAACGCAGCCACAGGGUCCGCCAUCAGCCAGCGUUUCACCCAGCGCGAUCUGGACCGGCGCUCCGUCCUCUACAUCGUCCCGGUUGAUGUGGAUGUGACGGCCGACGGGUUCUGGUUCAGACUCGUGGACCCGGCAGGAAAUGGAGCUCCACCUCACAGGCUGGAGCUGUUCUGGUCUCGGGUCCAGCUGUCAGCCAGCUGCUACAGAACUUGCGAGACUUCGAGAACUCUGCAGAUCCAGAUCCAACGUGGUGGGCGGAGCGCCGACCCGGCUUACGUUUCCAUCCAGGUGGAGGAAGGAUCGGCCAAAGCCGGCCGGGAUUUCACCCACAGCUCAGCCACUCUGAUCCAGUUCGACACAGGUGUGAACGUAAAAACCUGGAGCGUCUUCCCGUUGGACGACGGUCUGGAGGAGAACCACGAAACCUUCAGCGUCACUCUGAGGAACCCUCAGAACGCCGUCAUGGGUCAGAGAAACACCGCCGCCGUGGAGAUCCUCGACCCCCGCUCAGGACGCUGCAACCCAGAAGACCUAAAGGUACAGUUUCCUCCUCUUCCUCAGCCUGAGGAAGAGGAGGAUGAAGACCCAAUGACCGAUAUCGAGGCAGAGCUUCUUUGGGAGCAACAGCCCCACCCUCCCAGAGGAGACGUCCCGGACCAUCGGCCCUCCCUGGACGAGACGGAGCCGCAGGACCAGGCGCUACCUGGAGACACCCACAGCUCUGUAGGCCGCCGGCAGGGAGCACGCGCUGGGAGCGCUGGGAGCACUGGGAGCACUGGUAUACAGAAGGUGGGUGUUGCCUAAAACGUCUGAACUCAUCAGGACGUCCAGAUGUCCUUCAGUAGGACCAGGAUCUGCUGACUCCACAGUCAGGUGGUUUCAGAGACACGUCUGGUCUGAUCCAGAUGUUCGCUUCAGAAGACGCUGGUUCCGUCCUCCGGUUUCAAAUUUCAUGUCAACUUUAAACAUUUUUUAACUGAAAAGGCGACGAGCCGCAGGCUGAAUGACGGCCCUCGCACCCGGCCGACUUUCUGGGGGAAACCUUGCAGACAGUGUGUUUUAAAAAUCACCAUUCACAAUGAAAACAGACUAAACAUUACUUUAGGGAAGUAAUGUCCUUCUAAACCUCGAAUGAAAACGAAAUUAACCCCUAAUUAAUCCAUUUUCCAGUUAAGACCAAGAAGGUUGGCUUGAUGAGCACAAGAAUCUUUUGUUUUGUUGUUGAAACCAUUUCAUUUGAGUCAAACACUAAAUGUUGUUUAUUAGUUAGCUGGUAGCUGCAUUUAGCUUUCUGUUGUUAGCGUUAAGAACCCAGGAGAUUAAGGGUGUAUUUUCAGUUACUUUGUGGCAUGAAAUGAGGAAAAAUACUCACAAGAGAUCAGCUAAACCUUAGCGGACUAUCGGCGAUUCUAACACUCCCUGAAUAAGUUCACACAGUUUGAACUCUGUGGUUAGUUUGGCUACAGAACGCACUGCUCCGUUUGGAUGCCGAUGUAAGCACAAUUAAAACACACAAUGGCACUAAAAAUGAUCAUCCCAAGCUUUAGUUCAUAACCAGGUGUCGUACCUACUGUCCACCGUUCCAAUGGGGA